UGCAGAUCCUGACACUCUGAACUCAACCAUCUCCAGAGAGGCCAGCACCCAGUCUUCAUCAGCUGCCACCAGCCAAGGCUAUGUUUUACCAGAAGGCAGAAUCAUGCCAAACACUGUUUUUGUUGGUGGAAUUGAUAUUAGGAUGGAUGAAACUGAAAUUAGAAGCUUCUUUGCUAGAUAUGGUUCAGUAAAAGAAGUGAAGAUAAUCACGGAUCGAACUGGUGUGUCCAAAGGCUAUGGAUUUGUUUCAUUUUAUAAUGACGUGGAUGUGCAGAAGAUAGUAGAAUCACAGAUAAAUUUCCAUGGUAAAAAGCUGAAACUGGGCCCUGCAAUCAGGAAACAAACUUUAUGUGCUUAUCAUGUGCAGCCACGUCCUUUGGUUUUUAAUGCUCCUCCUCCACCACAGUUUCACAGUGUCUGGAGUAGUCCAAACACGGAAGCUUACAUGCAACCUCCAACCAUGAUGAAUCCUAUAACUCAGUACGUUCAGGCUUAUCCUCCUUAUCCAAGUUCACCGGUUCAGGUUAUCACUGGAUAUCAGCUGCCUGUUUAUAAUUAUCAGAUGCCACCACAGUGGCCUGCUGGGGAACAAAGGAGUUAUUUUAUUCCUCCGGUUUAUUCAGCUGUUAACUACCACUAUAAUGAAGUUGAUCCAGGAGUUGAAUUUUUGCCAAGUGAAUGCUCAGUUCAUGAAGCUACUGCAUCCUCUGGAAAUGGCCCACAAAAGAAAUCUGUGGACCGAAGCAUACAGACAGUGGUAUCUUGUCUAUUUAAUCCAGAGAACAGAUUGAGAAACUCCUUUGUUACUCAAGAUGACUACUUCAAGGAUAAACGAGUUCAUCACUUCAGAAGAAGUCGGGCAGUGCUUAAGUCUGUUUGAUCCUCUGCUAACUUUCUAGUCUCACAGGAAGUUGGAGGUUUUGAAUAGUUACUGUAAAUGAUACUUAAAUUCUAAAGAGCCAAUUCUGAUUAUCCCAAUAUGACCUUAAGAAAAGGAAGGAAAUAAAUUUUUGUCUGCUGUUUUGUUGGACUGAAGUAUUUCAAAGAGUAAGGUAGAAAGAAGAGACAAAAUCCUGAACCUUUCAAAAUGGAAAAUUAAUUUUAAACUUAAAAGUGUGUUCCUAUUACCUAUGCUGAUACUGUCUUUGCAUAAAUGAAUAAAUAGAAAUAAA